AUGGAUAUACAUCUGCAGGAAAGUCAGACGGGAAUUCGAUUCAGUUGGAAUUUGUGGCCCCCAACAAAAACGGAAGCAGCAAAAAUUGAAGUGCCAUUAGGAUGUUUAUACACAGUACUGAAACGCACAGAUGACAAUAGCGUUAAACUUGUAGAAUACGAGCCACUAAAAUGCAAAACAAGCAAUUGCAUCUUGAACCCAUACUGCAAUAUAGACUUCAGAAACAAAACAUGGACAUGUCCAUUUUCAAAUAUCAAGAACCCCUUUCCGUUGCAUUAUGCAGAACAUAUCUCAGAGAAGAACCUGCCCGCUGAUGUCAUGUACUCAAACAUAGAAUACAUCCAGCCUUCCAACGUGGGGGACAUCCCACCUCCGACAUUCCUAUUUGUUAUUGACACGUGUCUACUAGAAGAAGAAUUGGAUCAACUAAAGGAUUCAAUUCAGCAGUGCAUAAGUUUAAUGCCAGGAGAUGCUCAUAUAGGAAUAAUAACAUUUGGAAAUAUGUGUUAUGUGCAUGAAAUUGGAUUUCGAGAUUGUCUAAAAUCAUAUGUUUUUAAAGGGACGAAAGAAAUUAAUCCACAAGAUUUACAGAAACAGUUAAAUUUAGGAACCAGAAAUGAUCCUAGAAGUUCAACCACUUCUGCAUGUGCAAGGAGAUUUUUGCAACCAGUUAGCGAAUGUGAAUAUAAUAUAAAUAUGCUAUUGGAAGAUAUACAGAAAGAUAGCUGGCCUACACCACCAGAUCAAAGAGCAAAGAGAUGUACUGGAGUUGCCCUAUCUGUAGCAAUUGGGUUAUUAGAAUGUUGUUGUAAUCAGCUGAGUGGGAGAAUAAUGAUGUUUAUUGGUGGUGCAGACACAACUUCUCCAGGUAAAAUUGUAGAUACACCAUUAAGUGAAUCAUUGAGACAUCAUUUAGAUUUACAAAAAGAAAAUACAAAUGCUAGACAUGUGAAGAAGGCUUUGAAAUAUUAUACAUCUCUAGCAAAUCGAGCUGUAGCAUCUGGGCAUGCUAUUGAUAUUUUUGCAUGUUCUCUAGAUCAAAUUGGAUUAUAUGAAAUGAAAGUAUGCUGUGAAAAAACAAAUGGUUUUAUGGUUAUGGCAGAUUCUUUUUCAAUGAAUGUUUUUAAAGAUUCUUUUAAAAAAAUAUUUGAAACUGAUUCAAAUGGUUAUAUAAAACAUGGUUACAAUGCAAAGUUAACUAUUAUAUGCUCCAAAGAAUUUCGUGUAUGUGGUGCUAUAGGUGCUUGUUCAAGUAAUAAAAAAACAGCAAACUAUGUAUCAGAUACUUGUGUAGGUGAAGGUGGAACGUGUGAAUGGACUAUAUGUGCAUUGGAUAGACAAUCUACUAUUGCCUUUUAUUUUGAAAUUGUUAAUCAAAAUAUUGCUUCUCUUCCACCUGAUAGACAAGCAUACUUACAAUUUCAAACAUUAUAUCAACACCCGAGUGGUCGAAGAAGACUACGUGUUACUACCAUAUCUUAUCGAUUUGCAGAAGCAAAUAUUGCAGAAAUAUCACAAGGAUUUGAUCAAGAAACUGCUGCUGUUAUUAUGGCUAGAUUUGCCGUUUUAAAAGCUGAAACAGAUGAACCAAUAGAUGUGCUAAGAUGGCUAGAUAGAAAACUUAUAAGAUUAGUUAGCACAUUUGCUGAUUAUCAAAAAGAUGAUGUUAAUUCAUUUCAUUUGUCACCAGAAUUUUCUAUAUAUCCUCAAUUUAUGUAUCAUUUAAGGAGGUCCCAUUUUUUACAAACCUUUAAUGCAAGUCCCGAUGAAACUGCAUAUUACAGGUCAAUCUUACUAAGAGAAAAUGUUAUGAAUUCACUCAUCAUGAUUCAACCAGCCUUAUUGCAAUAUUCAUUUGAAUCCCAUACACCAAUUCCAGUACUUCUAGAUGCACAAUCUUUAAAAGCUAAUGUUAUACUUUUGUUAGAUUCCUAUUUCCAUAUUGUUGUUUGGUAUGGAGAAAUGAUCUAUCAAUGGAGAGAACAAGGGUUUCAUGAAAAACCUGAAUAUGAACAUUUUAUACAAUUACUUAAUGCACCACAUGAAGAUGCAAAAUCUAUAUUAGAAGAUAGAUUCCCCAUUCCAAAAUUUGUUUUAUGUAAUAGUGGAGGAAGCCAAAGUCGGUUUCUCCUAGCCAAGGUAAAUCCAUCAACUACACACAACUCGCUUAGUGGAAGUACUUUCGGCACGGCUAACAGUGAAUCCUACAUUAUCAACACAGAUGAUGUUUCAUUGAAGAUAUUCAUGGAUCACUUGGUGAAACUCGCUGUUCAGACAUGA